GUGAAGGCAGCUCAAUCGGAGUAGAGACACAAACACAAACACACAUACACACACACUCCACUCCACUCAACUAUUGGAGCAGAGAAGAUGAUGACGAUGAUGAUGCAGAUUAGGCCACAUAUUGGCAUCUCACGUCUCAUGGUGGUGGUAGGAGCCGUGGUGCUGCUGCUGCAGGGUCGUUCAGCUGAGGCGCAGCCCUCUCCCGGCUACUACCCGAGCUCCAAGGUGAGCUCAAUGCCGUUCUCGCAGUGGUACACCAACCUGUGGGGCGCCCAGCACCAGUCCCUCUCCCCGGACCAGACCUCCCUCACCCUCUGGAUGGACCGCAGCUCAGGGAGCGGGUUCAAGUCGAAGCGGGCGUACCGGAACGGCUACUUCGGCGUCUCCAUGAAGGUCCAGCCCGGCUACACCGCCGGCGUCAACACCGCCUUCUACCUGUCGAACAAUGAGGUGUACCCGGGGUACCACGACGAGAUCGACGUGGAGCUGCUGGGCACGGUCCCCGGCGAGCCCUACACGCUGCAGACCAACGUGUACGUCCGGGGUACCGGCGACGCCCACCCCAUCGUCGGCCGGGAGAUGCGGUUCCACCUCUGGUUCGACCCGGCCGCCGCCUUCCACCACUACGCCGUGCUUUGGAACCCCGACGAGAUCGUCUUCCUCGUCGACGACGUGCCCGUGCGCCGCUACCAGAAGAAGGUGGAGGCCACCUUCCCCGAGCGGGAGAUGUGGGCAUACGGCUCCGUCUGGGACGCCUCCGACUGGGCCACCGACGGCGGCCGCUACAGGUCCGACUACCGCUACCAGCCCUUCGUAUCCGGGUUCAAGGACUUCAAGGUCGCCGGCUGCGAGGUCGGCGCGCCCGCGUCGUGCGGCCCCGUGCCGGCCGGGCCCGGUGGCGGGCUGAGCUCGCAGCAGACCGCCGCCAUGAGCUGGGCGCAGCAGCGGGCCAUGGUCUACUACUACUGUCAGGAUAGCUCCAAGGACCGCUCCAACUACCCAGAGUGCUAGUCUGCUACCACUAUAUAUUUAGCUCUGAGCUCCGAGCUCGAGCCAGCGGCAAUGGCGGCUGCCCUUCCGUCCAAGUGAAGGUUGAGGCGUAUGUAUAUGGCCGGUAUACGAUGCAUAGUGUGAUCGAUAUUGUGAUUCGGGUAUGUAUGUGUGUGAGAUACUCUGAAGAGUGCGAGCAGGCUGAGACGUACGUGCUCUGUCUAAGUUAUUGAUAUUUGUGAGAUUACGAGUGUAGAUUGGACAUUUGGACUUGUAAUCUACAGCUUUUGGAUGCAGAGAAAAUGGUUUGAGCCGACACGACGGAGGUUUGCUA